GACACAAUCUCAGGAAACCCCAAGAUGGCUGCCAAGCGCAAAGGUGGCCUGAAAUUAAACGCAAUCUGUGCCAAGCUCAGCCGCCAGGUAGUCUUUGAGCACAAAGGACCUGAGCAGGGACAUGUCGACAGUGCUCCCCUUGGGUGGGAAAGCGUUGGCGUUGACGUGGCAGGCCCCAAGGAGGGGCCGAAGCGCGUGCAGAAGAUCGAAGAGGACAAGCGGAGGGAGGUGAUCGAGAAGUGGGUCAACGGCGAGUACGGCGAAGACCCCUUGCUGGGGCGCAUCGAGAACAAGGAGCCCAAGGCCGCCGAGGGGACGGAGGUGCCCCCCGAGGGGGUCUACAUGGUCCAGCCGAAAGGUUGCAGCGACGAUGAGGAUAACGGGGACGAAGCCGCGCCCCUGAAGGACUCCCAAGAUGGCAGCUUCCUGGAGGACCGCGAUUCGGACGGGCCUCCCCCGAAGGACGAAAGCAUUCGGGCUUCCAACAGUGAAGCGUCAUCGCUGCGAGACUACGCCGCUACCACCAUGAGCGAGUUCCUCGGCAUGUUUGGCUACGAUGACCAGAAUAUGCGGGAUGAGCUGGCUCGGAAGAUCAGCUUUGAGAAGCUGAAUGCUCCUACCUCAGAGACCACCAACCCAGCCACGGUGGCUCCCUCCCUUGCCGGCGAGGAUGCCAUGAGCAAGAGGGCUCGCUUUUCCAAAUACGAGGAAUACAUACGCAAGUUGAAGGCUGGCGAGCAGGUCCCGUGGCCAAUUCAUCCAGUUAAGACGGAGGAGCUGACCAGUAAGCUCAGCAAAGAGGCCCCCAUGGCCUUGGGCCAAGCUCUCCGGUUGCCGGCCCCCGAAACGUCACUCCUGCCGGAGACGAAAGCCACCAUUUUGCCUCUGCCUUCGUCCAGCAGCUCCCAGAUGCAAGGGCUGAUGUCGCGGGCCUCCAAGUACGAUUUCUUCAUCCAGAAACUGAAGACAGGGGAGAGUCUCCGGCCACAGAACGGGAACACCUACAAGAAGACGUCCAAGUACGACUUGGAGAACGUCAAAUAUUUGCAUCUUUUCAAGCCCGGGGAAGGCAGCCCGGACAUGGGAGGAGCCAUCGCCUUCAAGACGGGCAAAGUCGGUCGUCCAUCCAAGUACGAUGUCAGGAACAUCCCGAAGAUUACCCCGGUCAAAGCGCCAGCUCCUAGCCUGGGCCCCAACCCUAUGGCCAGCACUCCCAGCAGCACCCCAGUAGCUGGCCCGGAGCAACCCGCCUCUCUGCCCUUCAGCACUCCAGAAUACCUUAAAUCCACUUUCUCCAAGACGGACUCCAUCACGACUGGGACAGUUUCCACUGUUAAGAAUGGAUUAACCACUGACAAACCAGCUGUCACCGAAGAUGUAAAUAUUUACCAGAAAUAUAUUGCCAGGUUUUCCGGAAGCCAGCACUGUGGACACAUUCACUGCGCAUACCAAUACCGCGAGCAUUAUCACUGCCUUGAUCCAGAAUGCAACUACCAGAGGUUCACCAGUAAGCAGGACGUGAUCCGGCAUUACAACAUGCACAAGAAACGGGAUAACUCCCUCCAGCACGGCUUCAUGCGGUUCAGCCCCCUGGACGACUGCAGCGUCUACUAUCACGGCUGCCACCUCAACGGGAAAAGCACACACUAUCACUGCAUGCAGGUGGGCUGCAACAAGGUCUACACCAGCACCUCCGAUGUGAUGACCCAUGAAAACUUCCACAAAAAGAACACGCAACUGAUCAACGAUGGCUUCCAGCGCUUCCGGGCCACCGAAGACUGCGGCACGGUGGACUGCCAGUUCUACGGGCAGAAGACCACUCACUUCCACUGCAGGCGGCCCGGUUGCACCUUCACCUUCAAGAACAAGUGCGACAUCGAGAAGCACAAGAGCUACCACAUCAAGGACGACGCCUACGCCAAGGACGGCUUCAAGAAGUUCUACAAGUACGAGGAAUGCAAGUACGAGGGCUGCGUCUACAGCAAGGCCACCAACCACUUCCACUGCAUCCGGCCCGGCUGCGGCUUCACCUUCACCUCCACCAGCCAGAUGACCUCCCACAAGCGCAAACACGAGCGCCGGCACAUCCGCAGCUCGGGCAUGCUGGGCUUGCCCGCCUCGCUGCUGGGCGCCAAGGAGAACGAGCAGGAGGAGUCCAGCAACGACGACCUGAUCGAUUUUUCCGCCAUGAGCUCCAAGAACUCCAGCUUGAGUGCCUCACCCACCAGUCAGCAGUCUUCCGUCUCCUUGAUCGUCCCGGGCACGCCCUCGUCGGCCGCCGAGCUGGCCGCCAGCAAACCCGCCAGCAAUAUGCCCUCGGCCUCCAAAAUGCCCGCCCUGCUCUCGCAGGCUCUCCCGAGCAAUAUCCCUUUGGCCCUGGCCCUGCCCAACGCAGCGCUUCCGGGAACGGCAGGCGCCUACUUCCCCAUGCUCCCCAGCCGGGUCUCGGCCCAGCUGCCCGCCAGCUCCACCGGCUUGCUAGCCGCCGGCACGCCGAGCACCAACCCGGCGUCUUCGGCCAGCUCCCCUUCCCCGGCCCUCUCAGGUUCUGGCGAGGCGGCGGCCAUCUCUUCGCCAACUCCAGCCGCCUCCAUCAUGGAGAAGAUCUCGGCCAGCAAAGGGUUGAUUUCGCCCAUGAUGGCUCGGUUAGCGGCAGCGGCCCUGAAGCCCUCCGUGGCGGUGGAGGCAGGAAACGGGCAGCCCACGACCCCUGGGCGGUUUAACCUAACGCAGAUGAAGCCCGAGGCGGCUGAGAAUCCCGGCUCGGGACCCACCGCAAGCCAGGAUUCCUUGCAGGAGCACAGCCUGGACCUUAGAAUGAAAGAUCACGGUAAUGAAUCAAAUGGCCACACAGUCUCGGCAAAUUCAUCUCUUUUAUCCUCGCUUAUGAAUAAGAUGUCUCAGAAUAACCCGAAUCUGGGAAGCCUCCUCAGCUUGAAGGGGGAGAACGACGGUGGGCAGCUGCCAGCUGCGGGAGACGCCAGCCAGUAUCUGGGCAAGACAGUGAAGGCUCUGGUUCAGGAGAAGCUCGCCGAGCCCUGGAAGAUGUAUUUGCGCAGAUUUGGCACCAAGGAUUUCUGCGAUGCCCAGUGCGACUUCCUUCACAAGAUGCAUUUCCACUGUGUGGUGGAAGAGUGUGGGGCCCUCUUCAGCACCGUGGAUGGAGCCCUGAAGCACGCUAAUUUCCACUUCCGAACAGAGGGGGGCGCCGCGAAGGGAACCUCGGAGCACGGCUUCCCAACGCCGGCGGAGAACAAGACCUCCAUCACCCCUUCCUCUCCAUCCACCGCCUCCGCCCUUCUGGCCGCGGCCGCAGAGGGGCCCACCGCGAGUCCGGCUAGUGUGCCGUCCGCUCCCACGCUCCUGGCCUGGAAACAGCUGGCCUCCACCAUGUCUCAGCUGCCGGCCUCGGGGGCCGGCCUGGCCACCACUUCCCUGGAGAACGCCAAGCCUCAGGUCAAGCCGGGCUUCCUCCAGUUCCAGGAGAAGUGA